AGGGCUUUGAGGAAAGGAAAGGACUGUCCUCCUGUCUUCUUCGGCCUCGCCUUUUCGUGCGCAUGCGCAGUCGGCCGGGCACAACACGCCCCGAGCCAAGCGGCGCCUUCUCUCGUUCUAUUCCUUUUCGUUCGCUUGGCCUUAAAGGCAAGGCGAGUGUCGGUCCCAGGGAAGGAGGGGAGCCCUCCCCGCGGCCCCCAGGAUGGUGUUCGAGUCCCUGGUGGUGGACGUCCUGAACCGGUUCCUGGGCGACUACGUGGUCAACCUGGACAGCUCCCAGCUCAACCUCGGCAUCUGGGGAGGUGCAUUCGUCUUGAGGAAUUUUUGAAAUAACUUUAAUGAUUUAUCUCCACAGUAUCAGUUUGAUGUACCAUUUAAAGUUAAAGCAGGACACAUUGGCCAGCUGAAUUUGAAGAUUCCAUGGAAAAAUCUUUACACACAACCAGUUGAAGCUGUGCUAGAUGGAGUUUACUUGCUUAUUGUGCCAACAGCCAGUAUUAAAUAUGAUGCAGAAAAAGAAGAAAAACACCAAUUGGAAGCAAAGCAGAGGGAACUGCAAAGAAUAGAAGAUGCAAAACAGAAGAUUGCUGACAGAGAUAAACCACAAGAAAAGCAAGAUACUUUCCUAGAAAAGCUAAUUACUCAGGUCAUCAGAAAUCUUCAGUUGAAAAUUUCCAACAUCCAUAUUCGAUAUGAGGAUGAUAUCACAAACAAAGAUCUUCCAUUGUCAUUUGGUGUCUCACUUCAGAAUCUUAGUUUACAGACUUCAGAUCAGAACUGGAAUCCAUGUAUGCAAGAUGCAACAACUAAACUGUUCUAUAAGCUUGUUCGACUGGACAACUUUUUUGCUUAUUGGAAUGUGAAGACUGAAAUGUUUUAUCAUAGUAGUUACAAAGAAUCUUUGAAUAAUUUGAAACAUGGAGUUGCAAGCAGUAAUACAAUUCCAGAUGGCUACAGUUUUGUGUUCCGUCCAAUUUCAGCUAAAGCAAAACUACGUAUGAAUCCUCGAUCUGAUGUUGAUUUUUCUGCACCAAAACUAGACCUAGAUGUAAAUCUUCAGGAUAUAGCCAUAGAACUUAAUAAAUCACAGUAUUUUAGUAUUAUGGAGCUUCUUGAGUCCAUUGAUAUGAUGACCCGAAAUUUACCAUACAGGAAAUAUAGACCAGAUGUUCCUGUUCACAAUAAUGCCAAAAAAUGGUGGUUAUACGUUAUACAUGGCAUUCUUGAAGUAAAUGUCCAACCCAAACUACAAAUGUGGUCUUGGGAACAUAUUCGUUACCACAGGAAUCGGGUAAAGAGCUAUAAGGAUCUAUAUAAAACAAAAAUAACAUCAAAGAAGCCUGCUGAGAAUAGUAUGAAUAUGCUGGAGGAACUAGAGAAGACUUUGGAUAUAUUCAACAUUACUUUGGCAAGACAGCAGGCAGAAUUUGAGGCAACUAAGGCUGGAUUAAAGAUUUUCAGACCAGGAGCUAAACAAGAUGAUGAAGAAUCUACUGGCUGGUUUGGUUGGAUGUGGGGAUGGGCUGGAAAUAAAAGCACUGAAUCUGUACAAGAACCAAAAGGUUUUGAACAAUUGAUGACGCCACAAGAAAAGGACAAACUCUAUGCAGCAAUUGGUUAUAGUGAAACAGCUGUUGAUCCAACAUUGCCCAAAACGUAUGAAGCUAUGAAGCUUUAUGUAAAACUAUUAAGCAUGACAAUACUGAUAAGAGAAAUGAAGGAAAAACCUGCACUGAUAGAAAUUGCCUUAAUUGAUCUGCGUACAACAGUAACGCAACGGCCUGGUGCUGAAGCAAUAAGAUUUGAGUCAAGUGUAAGUGCAUUUGAAGUGCAGGGCAUGACUCAAGGAAAAACAGUACCCCACUUGCUGUCCUCAAAUACAGUCCACUCAAAGCAGAAUACAUCGCUCUUUACCAUCAUGUUUGAGACCAAUCCAUUAGAUGAAACUGCCAAUCAGAAGCUAAGAAUAGAAUCACAGCCUUUGGAAAUAAUAUAUGAUGCAAUGACUGUGAAUAGCUUAGUGGAUUUUUUCCGCCCCCCAAGUAAUGUUCAUUUAGAGCAACUGACCUCAGCAACUUUAACAAAAUUAGAAGAAUUUCGGGAAAAGACGGCUACAGGGCUAGUGUAUGUUAUAGAAACGCAAAAGAUUCUAGAUUUAAAAAUAAAUCUAAUGGCUUCCUAUAUCAUUGUUCCACAAAAUGGAUUCUAUGAAUCAACAGCAAACAAAUUACUUUUGGAUCUUGGUCAUUUAAAGAUGACUAGUAAAAGUCGUUCUACCUUGGAAGAUAUCAAAGUUGGUGAAAGUGCUCUUGAAGAUAUUAUGUCAAGAGCAUAUGAUAAGUUUGAUAUUCAGCUCAGUAGCAUACAACUCCUUUAUAGCAGAUAUGAUGAAAGUUGGGUGGAGGCCCGUAGUCUACGAUCAUCAUCUCAACAUAUUUUGCAGCCUUUGGAUGUUAAAAUGGAACUAAGCAGAGCAAUGGUUGUAACAGAUGUAAGAAUGCCCAAGUACAAAAUAUUUGGUGAACUACCAUUACUGUUUUUCAACAUCUCAGAUGAGAAAUUGAAAUGUAUUCUGGAACUUAUUGAUAGUAUUCCUAAACCUGAAAGUCCUCCUGACAUCUCUUCUUCACAACCUUCCAAGCUUCAAGUAUCUUCAUUGCUAGCAACACCCCAAAUGUCAGUCUCUGUGCUUCCACUUCUAGAACACCAUUCUGGAGCUGGAUCAAGUGAAUCUGAAGAUGAAUUUUAUGAUGCCCCAAGUAGUCCUGUGGAAGACUUGCCAUUUUUUGAAGCACCUCUGGGUUCCUUGAGUAGGAGUGGCAGUGUCCGAAAAAAUGCAGCAAGACGAGAAUCUUUGAAGAAUAUGAUUGAUUUCCAACUAAGAUUUGAAAUAUCUGAGGUAUUUCUUCAAGUGUGCCGUCUUGCAGAAGGUGUUGAAAAGCCAAUCAUUCAACUAGAGAUUUUCAAAUUAGGCACUGAACUUAAGCUAAGGACAUAUGAUAUGACUGCAAUGGCUUUUCUUAGUGAAAUUGGCUUAUUAUGUCCAGAAUAUAUGGAUGAUAAAGACAAGCCAGUUUACUUAAUUUCAACACUGGAUAAUUCAGUGGAUGAUCUUCUAUCUAUUGAAUAUAUAAAGGCAGAUAUUAAUGCUCCAGAACUGAAAACUACCUAUAAAAACGUCUUACAGCUGAUAAAGGUGAAUUUUUCUUCCCUAGAUAUCCAUUUACACACAGAAGCCCUUCUGAAUACUAUGAAUUUCCUAAAUAAUCUGCUUCCAAAUCAAGAGACAGCUCCAGUAGAAGUUGUCCAGGAAAAAGAAGAAAAGAAGGAAGUCCUUAAGAAACUUACCUCAAAAAAAUCAAAAUAUGAAGAUGUUUGUGAUCUUCAUGUUUGCACAGACCUGUCAAGUUUACGUAUUUUUAUAAGAGAGCAAAAACGCAGGAUAUCUGAAAUUUGUGUUGAAGGUCUUGAUAGUGAGGUGAUGGUAAAGAAGGAAACAACUGAAGUAUCGGCUAAGUUAAAGAAUAUAAUCAUUGUGGAUUGUGAUGAGGCUGCACUGUACAAAAAGGCACUCUAUAUUACUGGAAAGGAAGUCUUCAGCUUCAAGAUGGUGACAUACACAUAUACCGUGGAUGAUGUCUCUUAUGCAAAUAUGAAUGCUGUUGACAGCCAGAUUUAUUUAACUGUUGGGUGCAUUCAAAUUAUUUUUGUCAACAAAUUUGUUUCUUCUAUUUUGGCAUUUGUAAACCAUUUUCAGACAGCCAAGGAGGCAAUUACUGAAGCCACUGUUCAAGCUGCUGAGAAAGCAGCUACUGGUGUAAAGGAAUUGGCUCAACAGAGUUCUCGAAUGGCACUGGAUAUCAAUAUUAAAGCACCUGUUGUCAUAAUCCCACAGUCAGCAAUAUCUACUGAUGUUCUCGUGGCUGAUUUUGGUUUGAUCACCGUAAAGAAUGAGUUUCUAGUUGUUAAAACAAAGCUUCGAUAUAACAUCCCACCAGUCCUUGAUAAUAUGCAUGUGAAACUGAGUGAACUAAAAUUGUACAGAUCAAGUAUUGUGGAUGGCUUAUUACAAAAUGAAAUACAGUUACUGCAACCAUUAAAUCUUGAAGUUACUGUAGAACGCAAUUUAGCUGCUCUCUGGUAUCAUGAAAUUCCUGACAUUAAAAUAUCUGGCCGCCUCAAGCCAAUGAGUCUGAUCCUCAGUCAAGGUGAUAUAACUACUAUCUUGAGGACCUUGAAUGAAAAUUUAGGAGAUAGCUCUAGUCCUUCACCACCUGUACCAGAGAAAAAGGAUGUUCUAAGCAUCCACAGCGGAGCUGUAAAUGUUUCUCAGCAUUCUGGGGCUGGAAUAACAGUGGUGACAUCUGCUAUAGUGGAAAUGCAUUCCUCUUUAAAAGUUAAAACCACACUAAAACUGGACUUCCAGUUUGAUUCCCUGACUCUAGUUUUGUACAGUCCAAAUUCCAACCAGCUUCCUGUUCAGGAUGAACGAGAUGAUCGUCUGAAACUUGCAGAAUUUAAAUUGUUGCUAAUAUCAGCUGCUGUUAAAAUGUUAUCAGAUGGUUCAAUGAAUUCCUCAGUCAGGUUAACCAACUGCACUUUAGAUGAUAAACGACAGACCGUCCAAAAAGCUACACCAAGAAUGGUAGAAAUGAAACAUGGAUCUGAAAAAAAAGUUAUGAUGGAGAUAAGUUAUAAGCAGGGAAGAGAUGGCACCACUGUUCUUGACACAGUUGUUCAGGAUACAUAUCUUUGUGCUAGCAUUGAGUUUUUGCUUACUGUAGCAGAUGUAUUUCUGAAAGCUACUGCUGAAAGUGCUGCUGCAGAAAAAAACUUUAAACAGACUUUGGCUGUAAAGGAACAAGUUCCUGUACAGGUAGAAUCCACAAUGGAAAUAAAUGUUGUAGUUAAAAAUCCUGAGAUUGUAUUUGUGGCGGAUUUGACAAGAAGUGAUGCUCCUGCAUUGGUGGCAACAGCACAGUGUGAAGUCUCCAUGAAGAAUGGCCCAGAACUGUCUAAAAUGACAGCAGCUGUGAAAGAUAUAAAUGUGAAAGCUUGCCCAUUUCUGCCAGAUAUGAGAAAAGGCAAUAUUACUACGAUACUGCAGCCCUGUGACUUCUUUUUUGAUAUGAUGCAGUCAGGUGAAGAGCCUCAGAAAGCUGAACUCUCCAUUAAAUCCAUAACAAUUAAGGUUUCACCAAUUAUCUUGAAUACCGUCAUGACCAUUACAUCAGCACUUUUUCCAACAACAGAGACUGCAGAGAAAGACAUUAGCCCACUACCGCCAGAUCUUUGGGACAAGAAGGAUAUUAAAAAUUUGAACAUGUGGUUUCUUGAAGAAUCAAGUGAAAAUAAAGAUCCUGUUUCUGUAGCUGAAUUGGUUCCUAAAGGAGAGACAUUGAAAAUGAAAAUUGAGACUGUUGUUAUAACCCUUGAAGCUGGGGUUGGUCACAAAACAGUGCCAAUGCUCUUAGCAAAGUCUUCGUUUUCAGGAGAAGUAAAAAACUGGAGUACUCUGAUCAACCUGUCUUCUCGUCUUGAACUAGAGGUACAUUAUUACAAUGAAAUGUUUGGCGUCUGGGAGCCAUUGCUUGAACCACUGGAAAUUGAGAACAGUGAUGAGUUCAGACCAUGGGUUCUAGAACUGAAGAUGAAAAAGAAGGCCAAAAAGACCUUAGUUGAUUCAGUUGCUGAAGAGGAACACUACAAAGUACCAGAGUUCAAAACAGUGAUAACUAUUUACUCUCAAGAUCAGUUAAAUAUUACAUUGUCCAAAUGUGGGCUACUAAUGUUGAGUAACCUCGGCACGGCAUUUGCAGAGGCAGCUACGCAGACUUCAGAAAUCUUCAGAAAAGAUCGGGCCCCUUUUGUAUUAACCAAUACCUUAGGGGUCUCCACCAUUGUCUUACCAAGUGAUUCCUUCAGUGUCCUUAAUGUUGAACCAACGGGGAAUUCAUUUCAUCUUGAAGAUGGACAAAGUCUAAGUAUGGAAUAUGUCAAAACUAAAAGUGAUCAAGACCAGUUCACGGCAAUGACUACCCUGAGCAGUAAAGUAUUUUACAUUUGGCUCACUCCCCAGAAUCAUUCCACUACUGACAAGAUUCCUCUGACAACAGUGGGACGAAGUCUUUACAGAGUAAGACACAAUGAUUCAGGUGUUGUACGGUCUAUUGUUUGUCAAAUUGAUACAAUUGAAGGGAGCAAGAUGAUAACAGUACACUCUCCGAUUCAGAUAAAGAAUCACUUUUCAAUUCCCUUGAGUAUAUUUGAAGAUGGCAAAUGUUUAGGAGUGGCUUUACCAGAGGAUGAAUUUAACAUACCAUUGACAUCUUACAGAUCACUACUGUUUUUUCAACCAGUAAUUGAUGCAAAUGGAAUUUCUGGAGAGUAUGCAUCAAGUGAUGGAAUUAGUUUUGAUGAAAUGGUUAAGAAUUUUGGUAAAGUGUUGCAGAAGAAAUGCCCACUGGUAAAAUCAUCUAACCAUGGACUUAUCAUCAAUAUUGUCCCAGUGCAAGAUACUUUGGUAUCUUCUGUAUGUACAGAUGAUCAGUGGGAUUUACCAUAUGUUGUUCAUUUGUGGCCUUCAGUUCUUCUCCGUAAUCUUCUUCCUUAUCACAUCACCUAUUCCUCAGAGGGAGAUAGUACAACACGCAACACUCUGGAAGAUGGAUGUACUGCUCAGAUUCAUAAUGCAGUACUGGAUGAGACCAAGCUAGAACUGUGUUUACUUAAUUAUCUCAAUAAAAAUUGGACUGCCAAGUACCAAAUCCAAAGAAAUCAGGAAGAAAUUAGUUUCAUCACAUUUUCCUGCAUUACAGACCUUGAUAAGACAGAUUUGGACAUUGCUGUACAUGUAACAUAUGCUACCGGACACGUGAUUAUAGCAAUUCACAGUCCAUACUGGAUGGUAAAUAAGACUGGUCGAAUGUUACAGUAUAAAGCUGAUGGUAUUCACCGAAAACAUCCACCUGAAUAUAAAAUGCCACUUCUUUUUUCUUUCCAACCUAAAUACUUUUACAAUGAAAACAAGGUUCAACUCAUGGUGACAGACAGUGACCUUUCUGAUCAUUUUUCCCUGGAUACAGUUGGCAGUCAUGGUUUUGUUAAAUGUAAAGGGCCCAAGAGGGAGUACCAAGUUGGUGUCACUAUAAAUAACAGCAGUUUUAAUCUCACUAGAAUAGUGAGCUUCACUCCUUUUUUCAUGAUUACAAACAGAAGUACACAUACUUUAGAAGUAGCUGAAGAAGGCAAUGAAACAUGGAUUCCAAUACUUUUACAGCAGUGUAUUCCUUUUUGGCCUGAAAAUAAUGAAAGCAAAUUGCGUGUUAGAGUAGAAAAUUCUGAUGUUCCACCAAAAACUAUUCAGUAUGAUAAGCAAGAAAAUAGUUUGCUGCUACACUUAGAAAACAGGCUUGGAGACAUUGUUGUGGAUAUUACAGUAGCGGAGCAUUCAACAAUAAUUGCAUUUUCUAAUUACCAUGAUGGUGCAGCUCCAUUCCUGAUAAUUAACCAUACCAAAGGAGAAAUAAUUGAAUAUGGGCAAAGUUCACUCUGUGUAAUGGAAGAUGUUUUAGAGCCAAAUAAAGGAAUGCUUUACACAUGGGCAGACCCAGUAGGCUCCAGAAAAUUGAAAUGGAAAUGUGGAAAGAGCAGUGGGGAAGUAACUCAGAAAGACGAUUUGAUGACACCUAUCCAAGUGGGAAAUAAAACCAUAUAUUUAGUUUCAUUUUUUGAAGGAUUGCAGCGUAUUAUCUUGUUCACUGAAGAUGAAAAAGUUUUCAAAGUGUCAUAUGAAAGUGAAAAAGUUGAAUUAGCAGAACAAGAAAUCAUUAUAUCGUUACAAGAUGUUGGCAUCUCUUUAGUAGAUAACUAUUUAAAGCAGGAAAUAGGUUAUAUUGGGAUAACAAGUUCUGAUGUAAUUUGGGAGACAAAACCCAAGAAAAAGUCAAGAUGGCGGCCACUGAGUUUGAAGCAAACAGAAAAACUGGAGAAAGAAUUUAGUGAAUACUGUGAUCAUUCACCAACAGAAAAUAAAAUAGUGGAGCUAGAUGAUAAUAUUCCGGUCUGCUUGACUCCUACUGGUAAUAACAUGAAAAUAUUACAGCCAACUGAAAUCCCUGUGAGAAGAAGCUUUUUGCCAGCAUUAAAAGUACAGUAUAGUACAUCUGAACACCAAUCAUCCUUCAGAGUCCAGAUUUAUCGAAUACAGAUACAAAACCAGAUUCCUGGAGCCAUAUUUCCCUUUGUGUUCUAUCCUAUUAAACCUCCCAAGUCCAUCUCCUUGGAUUCAGAACCUAAACCAUUUACAGACGUCAGUAUUGUCAUGAGAACUGCAGGGCAUUCUCAGAUAUCACGGAUAAAGUAUUUUAAAGUCCUAAUUCAAGAAAUGGAUCUUCGCUUAGAUCUUGGUUUCCUUUAUGCUUUGGCUGAUUUCUUUACACUUGCUGAUGAAGUACCCAAAGGCCAAGAGAUAGAACUUUUCAAAAAGGAUGUCGAAUCAGUACAGGAGGAGCUGAAAAAUGUUUCAUCAACUGAUACAUCACAAAUCAGCUUAUAUGAAUAUUUUCAUAUUUCUCCAAUCAAGUUACAUUUAAGUUUUUCACUCAGCACUGGGGGAGAAGAUAUCAACAGGGAAGAAAGACGUAAGGAUCUGAUUCCAGUUCAGUCUUUAAAUCUCCUGUUAAAGAGUAUUGGAGCAACACUUACAGAUGUGCAGGAUGUUGUACUUAAGUUGGCAUUCUUUGAGCUCAACUACCACUUUUAUACUACACAGCAACUGCAGUGGGCAGUUAUUAUGCAUUAUUCAAAGCAGGCUAUAAAGCAAAUGUAUGUUCUUAUUCUUGGACUGGAUGUUUUGGGCAAUCCAUUUGGAUUCAUACGAGAUUUGUCAGAAGGGGUUGAGGCAUUCUUCUAUGAACCUUACCAGGGAGCUAUCCAAGGUCCAGAAGAGUUUGUUGAGGGUAUGGCACUAGGACUUAAAGCCUUAGUUGGUGGUGCUGUUGGUGGAUUAGCUGGUGCUGCAUCAAGAAUAACUGGUGCUAUGGCUAAAGGAGUGGCAGCCAUAACUAUGGAUGAAGAUUAUCAACAGAAGCGACGAGAGGCCAUGAAUAAGCAACCUAGUGGUCUUAAAGAGGGUAUCACUCGUGGAGGAAAAGGCUUAGUAUCUGGUUUUGUCAGUGGAAUAACAGGAAUAGUAACAAAGCCAAUAAGAGGAGCACAGAAAGAAGGAGCAGCAGGCUUCUUCAAAGGAAUUGGAAAAGGUUUAGUAGGAGCAGUGGCAAGACCCACUGGAGGAAUAAUAGAUAUGGCAAGCAGCACUUUUCAAGGAAUUAAAAGAGCUACACAUGCUUCUAACGAUGUCGUGAGUCUGCGUCCUCCCCGCUUCUUUAGUGAUGAUGGAGUUAUUCGACCAUACCGAUUAAGAGACGGUGCAGGAAGUCAAAUGUUACAGAAUAUUGAAAAUGGAAGAUUUGCAAAACUGAGAUACUUUGCGCAUGCAAUGGUUAAUAAUACAGAUUUGCUAAUGGUAACCAGAAGUGGCAUAUUGUUUGUGACAAGAGGUACAUUUGGACAAUUAACAUGUGAAUGGCAGUACACAUAUGAUGAAUUUACCAAGGAGCCAUUCAUUGUUGAUGGACGGAGGUUGCGCAUUGAAGCAAAGGAACGAGUAAAAUCUGUGUUCCAUGCCAAAGAGUUUGGGAAAAUAAUUAAUUUUAAAACACCAUCUGAUGCCAAGUGGAUUCUCUCUAAGCUGGAAGAAGCAAGGGAGAACCAAACAAACUUAUGACCUUUGGCGUAAGGUUUACAAGAUGGACAAAAUGAAGACUGCAGAACUCAAACUACUUUACACUUGAUCACAGCUUGGCAUGUUGCAUUGUUGGCAUAUGAAGGGAAAUGAGACUGUGAUUAUUCACACAAAUUGAUUUUGAUUGAAACAUCUCCAUUGGUCAGUGCUGGCCAAACUGCUCUGUCAGUGAGAAUCUGCCAAAUUGUGGGUUACUGGAUGUAAACUUUAUAAAUAAUACAGAAUUAUUUAAAUCAGGAGUUUAAAAUUAAAUAUUUUUUCUGUUGAUUCUAUCACAUAUUCUGCAAAAGAUUUAAAGCCUAGAGCAGUCUUAGGACAGAUGAAUUUUAAUUUAGUGUGUUAUAAAAUGAUGCAUCACCUACUAAUAUUCACUUAAAUUCAGUUUAAUUGUUCAGGGAAAGACUGAUUUAACCAGCACUGCUCUUAUAUUAUAUGAAUGACUUGCUGACCAGUUUAUUCAAAAAAAGCCUUUUUAUUUACUAAUAUGUGUAAAUCAUGAGGUUACCUAGUUUUUUAUACAAAUAAACAGUUUCUGGUACUGUAAUAUCAUUUUUAACUUUCACUUUUUUAUACAAUACAAAAUUAAACAAAAUAUUCUGGUGCCUCAUGAUGAGAUGUACAAAAAAUAUGAAUUUAUUGAAAUUAUAACUUGAGUAUGGAUGUGCCUUGGCAAUUUGCUUUGAAUGGCAUGGUCUUUACUUUUAACACUAACUUGAAGUAAAUUCACAAAAACCUUGUACAGCAGAUGCACUGAAACAGUAUUCGGUGUUUUUUGACCUCAAUAAUACAGUCGCCCCGUCCACAUUUGCAGAUUUGACUAUUUGCAGAUUACUGUAUUUCUACUACCUCCUCUGCUGCCCAAUAUACACCCAUGGUCCUCCAGCAUGAUUCUAUGGUUCACUUCCAGUGGUGGACCUACAAAAGCCUAGGGAGAACUGUUCUGUAAACAUUGAUAGGUUCUCCAUUGCGAUUCAGCACUGGAAGACCUAGAAAUGCCUAUAGUAGUUCUCUCAUGUAAAAUAAUUAGGGGCCUAUAUUCAUGGUUUUCUACUUUCACGGGAAUCCUGUGCCCCAACCCCCCGGACAGUUGAGGGCUGACUGUAUCUUGUGCAAACCUUUUUUUAAAUUCCAUCGCCAUACUGCAUGCUUCAUUCUCUAAUUAAAGGAAUUAAAAGAAUAAUAAUUUGGAGAACUUCUAUUAACGUUUGUCUUACCAUUUAAAUUCAAAACAGUUGAUAACAUUUUUCCAUGCAAAACUUUAGAAUCAAGUAACAGCUCAAUGGUGGAAGGUUACAUAAUUAUUAUUAUUAGUAGUAGUAUUUUGGUAAGGCUAUGCAAUAAUGUGUACACAUGGGUAUCUGGAGAAAUUAUUUCAUGAAAGAGAAAAGGAAUGCAAAUGUUGAAGUGUAUUACAUAAGUGAAACGUGAAUAGUUUGAUGCAUGUAGUUAAUGUCUGCUGCCAGAAUAUUCUUUUCAAACUGCUGUUUGGAAGAUUGUGGUGAAGGAGAUUAGGCCUUGCUGAUGGUGCUUAAGUUACCCAAUCUGUAGCUUUGUUGUAAAAGCUAAAUAAAGUAAAUGUCAUGCCAAAUAAAGUAAACGGCAUUUCAAAUUGUAUGUAUUUAUAUAAACUCAUGCUUGCUCCAUUAUGUAACUACCUGAGGUGGUUACAAUAACACAUUGCAUUUUAUUCCUUGAUAUGCCAAAAUGUAAAUUAAGUCAACAAUUCCCAGAAAUGCCAAAGUAUUAAUUGUAUGGUCUCUCUCAAAAAUAUGAAAGCUAUCCUUAUUCAUUGAUUUAACUGACACUGUCAUCAGAUUUGAGCAUAUAUACAUUUACAUUUACAGCUGUAGCAUUAGUUACAGGCAACAUAUAUUGCAACUUCUAAGUGUGUACAAUAAAUAUUUCAGUGGCUCUUAUACUGUUUAAACCCAUCUUCCUUUAAUUUUGAUUCUGUUAUUAUAUUUAUCUGUAUCUCUGAUGCAUUUUAGUUCUUCAGUUCUUCAAGAGAUGGCCUGGCAAAAGGAUUCUAAAGGGGAUUCUACACCAUUUUGACAAUGUCAUUUGACAUGAGGCCUUCCUAGUUUUGUCACUAGAACAAAAUAACACCAUCAAAUUGCAAAGACUAGCACACACACAAAGUUUCUUUGUAAAGGCACUCGUCAUUUUACACCUAAUGUAUUUAAUUGAAUGUCACUAAACCGAAAAUAAAACUAAAAAGUAAAAUGGAAAAUAAACAAGCA